CACCCGCACGCGCUUGUGACCCCACCACCCAAAACCCCCGCCCCCAAAACCCCAUGGCCGCCGGCCGCUCGCCGGCGACCACCGGCCGGCGCCGCCGCCGGCGCGGGCGCGGCUGGAGCAAGUCCUCGAGGAAACCCCCUCUGCCGUCCUCUCCAAUCUCCCCGUCCUCCCCCGCGCGGGAGCAGCCCCCCGGCGCCAAGGUCGAGGUCCGCGUCGACGACGAAGGCUUCCACGGCUCCUGGUUCGAGGCCACUGUCGUCGACUUCUCCCCCGCUAGCGGCCGCCGCCGCCCCGCGCGGUACACGGUCACCUACUCCCACCUCCUCACCGACGACGGUGGCAGCACCCUCGCCGAGCCAUUCGCGCCCACCCACAUCCGCCCGCGGCCCCCGCCCACUGGGGACUCGUCGUCCCCGCCGCGGUUCCGCGUCCACGACAUCGUUGAGGCGUUCCACAACGACGGGUGGUGGUCGGGCAUCGUCGUCGCCGCUAACGACCCCGACCCCUCCGCCUCCGUCACGGUUGCGUUCCCCAUCACCCGCGAGGUCAUCACGUUCCCGCCCCACUUCGUCCGUCCCCGCCGCGACUACAUCGACGGCGAGUGGGUCCUCUCGCGGGCCGUGAUCGCCGUUCAGCCGAAGCGCGCGGUUCGGGUCUACGAGGUCGGGGACAAGGUCGAGGUGGGGAGGGAUCGGGAGGUGUACGGCUACUCCUGGUUCCCGGCCACGGUGGCGAAGGUGGUCGAUCCGCUGAGCUACGUCGUGGAGUACUUCGAUAUGGAGGAGGGGGAAGGUGGGGCGGAGAAGGCAACCGAGUACCUGCAUUGGCGGUUCAUCAGGCCGGCCGUGGAGCAUUCUCCGCGGGACAGCGAGUUUCGGCUCGGGCCUGGCGCCGCGGUGGAGGCGUACUGCGACGGGGCGUGGUCAGCAGGAGUGGUGCACAGGGUUAUUGGGGAUGGUGAGUUUGAGGUCAGCGUCGAUGGCAAGGAGGCAGAGCAGCUGGUGACCAAGGUGGUGGAGUUGCUGAAGCCGCAGUACAAGUGGAAUGGCAUGCAUUGGAAGAUUGUCAGUGCUAAGAGACAUGCUAACUUGAGGUGGCGGUCUAUGUCUGGAAAAAGUCCAAGCUCACCUGUUGAUGUGGCAUCCAGUGACAAUGAAUGUAGUCAUGAUCCUGAAUCUUCUGCCACCAAAAAGUCAAGGAAAGAACCCCAGCAGCUAGAGGUCAUAUUACAUGAAGGUUCUGAACAUGCUUCAGUCUCUGAGAUGGACACUCCUUUAUCUGCAUUGUGCAAGUCACCAGAAAACAAUCAUUCUCCAAAUUCUUGUUCUCCGCUUUCACACAGGAUAAUGAGUUCAAUACCAACGGAUGGGCUUCUUUGUGCUUCUUCAGUACAUUCACCACCUCAAAAUGAAGCAAUACCAAUUAGUGCUGGGGAAACUGUGGUCAAUCAAGAAAACCUGUCUGAGAUGAUGCUUUCUGAUGGUCAGCUUAAUACACCUGUCUGUGGAACAAGUGCUGGUGAUGCCAAUGAUAUGCUUUCUAUUGCAGAACUAAGAAAGAAAAUGGCUUCGGCUCGCAGAAAUAAUUCUGCCCAACGGACACGGGAAAGGCUGCUCUCUGUCAAGGCACUCAAGGUGAAGAAAGAUGUAUCCAAGAGUAAAGGGGGGGAAACACAUGCUAUGCAAGAACAUCAGGGAAAAAAUGUUGCCUGUGAUAACAUUCAGUUGAUGGGAAACAACAAUUUCCCAAGUAAGGAGAUUAUUUGUGUUUUGACUGCCUCUGUGGAACGCCUGGCCAGUUCGUCACUGGAUAGACAGGUGUCAAGACGGACCAAAAGUGGUUCAAGUAUGAAGGUUCUUACCUGUAAGAAAUUGGCUAAAAAGGAAGGAUCCAAAGAACUGUGUAGUCCUCAUAGCCCGUUGGAUGCAGCUAGCACUGUCCAACAGAAACGAAGAGAGAAAGUGUUGGAGAGUACAAAAUCUCAUUCUCAGCAGCACCUUGACAGAACUUUGAAGGAUACGUUCAGUGUAGAUGAACUAACAAAUCAGGGACUGUUCCCGAUGGUACCUCCGGGAUUUGAAUCAAUGUAUAAUGGAAAAGGUGCUGACGUACAUGGUAGUCUGUUGGAAGAAGAGCCUACUGCUAUGGUCAACAGCAUCUGCCAAGUGAGCAGAAGUACAGAUAUGUUCACAGACCAUGCUACUACCCAAGUAGCUAAAAGCAACCAUCUUAUGGAGACAGCCAUCCUAUCUCUUGAUUGUCCAGUUCAACAGGAUGGUGGGGAAAUGGAUGAGAGAUCAAUCCUAGUACGUUUUCAGAAUGCUGGGAGCUCACGGUGCACCAUUGACAAUUCUCUAUUAAAGAGCUGUUCAGUUGCUCGGACCUCUACACCUUCACACUUGGCUCUCUCUCAAAUGUCUGGUCAUCAGGUUCUGUUCGUCAAGAGCUCACCUGCAUGGCCUCUAAUUGAAGCAAUGGAUGUGUUCAAGGAGGUACCGCAACGACCACAUUUCCUCCCACUUCAAGAAUAUUCGCCAGCACUGCGUGAAGGAAUGGCUUUAGGUCUGAUGGUGUCGUUUGCCAACUUAGUGAAGAGUAUAAGUGAAUCACGCAUAGAAGAUAGCAUGGAAUCGUUCGAGGACAAGAUCAGUACACUUCGCCAUCUAGAGGGAAAUGGAUUCAAUGUCCAAUAUUUGCAGAGUAGCAUCACCAAAUUACUCCAUAUCAAAUCUAAUCGGACCAAUUAUCUCAGAGAAAUAGACAAGCUGAAAACACAGAUGGUGGGGAUGUCAACUUCCUUGUCCCGAAUCGACGCAUUGCUCGAUGAGAAGGAUAGAGCUAUAGCCGAGCUUGAGCAGAAACUUGGGCACCUUCGCCGGGAGUCACAGCAGAUUGCAAAGGACAAAGAACAUGAAGAUGCAGAACUCUCGAGACUCCGAUCGGCACAUAGCAGGUUUGAGGAAGCGUACGGCGACGCCAAACGACAGUUCCACAGUGUCUUGGCUGAGCUGCACCGAAAGCAGCUAACUUGAUGUUUCUGACUCGACAUUCUGUUAACUAAUGCUUCUUCAGGGCUGUGUAGGUAUUAAGGCUAUCUAGGUAUCAUCGUGGUUUCGGAUGAACUUUCUAUGGUCAUUCGCGUCCUUUCAUGUAUCUGCGAGAUGCUCAUGAUGGCUGACUUAGGGACCUUGAUGAGAUUUAGACUAUUUCUUAUAUUUGCAAGUAACUGGAUCGUAAUUACCUGCCAGUUGGACCGUGCU